AUGGUUUUUCUCACAAUUCUGCUGUUUUCCUUCCUUCAAACAUCUCAGCGGAUUCAGAAGACUAUGGUAAAUGGCAAAGAGAUGCUGUCCAAUCCCAGGCUCAAACCUGUGCAGGGGACUUUGAAUGUAGUGAUGAACCAGAACGUGACCCUCUCCUGCAACUCAGAUUCUGGAUCUCCACCUGUCAGAUACACAUUGUUUAAACGUAAUCAGAAGGUAUCCACCUUAAAUAGGCCAGACCUGACCCCCAGUUUGUUUAACUUGACUAUCAACUCUGCCAGUGAUCUGGGCGAAUACAAAUGCAAAGCUGAGAAUAACAACACCAGUGGCGGAAAAUACAGCAACAGUCUCAGCUUCACCCUUCUAGAGCCCAUUUCCAAACCAGUGCUGAGCUCACCCACCUCUCAAGCAAAGAAAGGCCAGAACGUGACCCUGUCUUGCCUCUCGGAGAACGGCUCUCUUCCUAUCACAUACAUAUUCUUCAAAGGAACACAGAGCAUCUCUUCCCAGGUGAUGAUGCAGAAGGAAGCAGCUGAGAUUGUUCUAUUCAUCAAUUCCUCUAGUGACUUUGGAACCUAUAAAUGUAGAGCUGAAAAUGGUCUUCGCAGAAAUGCAAAAUACAGCAAUGGUUUCAACUUCACAUUAGCAGAAGAGAGAAGAUUUUCUCAGCCCCUGAUAAUUUCUCUUGGGCUGAUCCUGCUACUAUUCCUAAUAGGACUUGCUCUGGCAAUUCCAUUUUUCAUAAUUCCUGCAUAUAAAGCAAAAAAAUUUAAGUGUAUGAGAUCCUCAAGUGGCUUUACUUCAGCACCAAAUGUAGAAGAGCCUGAAGACGAGGUGAUAUACUCAGAGAUUGUGCCUGUUAAACCAGAAGAAGAAUACAUCAACUUUUCUGUUAUAAGAAGAGAAGAUGAAAAAGACAAGAGGGCGUGUGCUACAAUGUAUUCACAGGUCUUCAUCGGAGACUGAGCACAAGAAAUAUGCAUCAUUUCCUUCAUGGUUGUAUCUCUGCUUCUCAGCUGGACCACUCCAUUCUCUAGAGUGGCAUCAGUUAUCAAGAUCAUGAAGAGAACACUCAUCUCGUCAUACCUGCAGAGAAAAGAGCACUCCCGUUACUGCUUCUGGU